AGACUUGAUAUAUUUCGUCAAUCUGCCGGUCACAUCUUUUUUCUACAUUUGCACGUUAAUAUUCUGCUAGAUUUCAUUUCUUGCAAAACUGUAAUUUGUCUAAAAUAGAUUUUUGAUAAAAGCCAGUCUCGGUGUGAUAGCUAGCUAAGGGUGAACACAAGGAGGUGGUGAAAGAGAGAGAGGUGGUUUAGAUUUGAGUAGAUUUUUUUGCUACUUUUUGUCAGGCAAAGGGAUUUUUGGAGACUACGAAAUUAAAGGGGGAUUUUGUAAACGUGACAAAAAUGGAUUAUGAUGGGGAGGAGCCGACGACGAAUGGGGAGACAGAGGGAGAUUCUGGCGAGAAAAACCCGUUGGCGUCCAUCAUCGAAGUUGUCGGAGUAGACAAGGAGCUUCUAAAAAAUGUUGGAACGAAGGGACUUUUGAAGCUACUCGUGGCCUCUUUCUACGCUUGUAAUGAUCGUUAUUCACGUAUCAAAGUUCGUAAGUUUAUGCGUCAUUUGCAAGAUCCCAAAUUUGCUGGAGCUCAGGAGGCCUUGAUUUCAAUGGUGUCAGAUGCAAUAUCAUCUCGAGAGGGAUUUGUCACCACGCUUUCCUCAAGCAAGGCUGCACUCGAAUAUCUGAAAUGGAUCAUUUUGAUCGGGAAAGGAAAUAAAACCCUUUCGCCAGCAUAUUGUCGCUUAUUGUCAAGCCUCUUGAGUAAAAUUCAGUGUCCCAGAUUGGAGAGGUCGGCUGAGAAAAAGUUGUAUGGUCUCAUUGUCUCCAUUGGACUAGAAGCCUUUGUCGACCUAUUUAUAGAGAUUUUUUCUAUUGGGAACCUCGUGUCUAUCAGUAUCUUCGUGCAAUACUUUCGUACUCAAGGGGGGGAUAACUUCUUCGGGACGCAUGGAAUCCCAUCAAGAGCUCAGAUUUUGGAUUUGUACAUUAAAGAAUGCAUCAUGACCAAAUCGGUCAAAUCAGAAUGGUAUCUUAAUAAGACGAGCAGAAAUAUAUUUCGCAUCAUGACAGAAGACGAUUGUAAGAUACUAAUUCCAUCCAUUCAAAAAGGACUAUUACGCUCUCCAGAAAUUGCUGCAGAGGCUGUUGCAAACUGUUUAAAAUGGAUUAAAGUUGACCUAAGUCCAUUUGCAACUGAUCUCAGUAAAUCUAUCGGGAGUUGUCUUCAGUCAAAAGAAGAUCCAACCAGGGAACAUGCAAGUGCGGCUUCGAUCACUUUGGCUGCACAUAUGGAUAUUACGAGUAUUCUGAAGAUGGUGGAUUGGUAUUUAGACAUUUAUAAUGGUGCCGAAGGAAAACUUACGGUUGCAGCUCAUAAAAUCAAUAUCUUGAAGACUGUUGCCGACAUUGGAGUAGUAGCCCAAAAGACAGAAAUGGCCUACAAAAGCGAUGCUAAAUGUGUUUUAAGUCGUGGAGUAAAGAUUUUGGAAACUGAGGUUCAUGAGGGUACAUUAGCUCAAGCUGUUAAGAUGAUUAUUUCCUGGAUAUGGUGCAGCUACGACGAAACUCAUCCAGAACUUGCCAAUUUCUUCGCCAAGUCGUUUUCCACCUUGAAGGGAAAUGUCCGGACUGAAGCAUGCAAUUUGAUUAAUUUCCAUUCCACAACUAUCGGAGUGUCGUCCAACGAACAACUUUUCGAUUUGUGUGUCAAAACAUAUGAGAAAAGUUAUACGCAAUUUACCCAAAUGAAUGGAUUGGCCGAGUGCAUCUGUAUAGCGGGUGUUUUAUUAAGAACUGGUCUUUAUUCAACAAAAGACAACACGAUGGAAUCCUAUUGGAAUCUAGUACCUCACAUUAACGAAAAAUACUUGUCUUCGUGUCCUCGCGACUGGAUCCCAAACGCUUGUAGAAUGCUCCUUAACCUUCUCGGACAAGGUGCUCCAGCAGGCUAUGAUCAGCAAAUUGCUUACGAUGCACUUGCAAUGCUAUUUAUCAUUAAUGAUUAUAAAUUACACAAGGAGCUGAUGGAAGAGAUGGCUAAUGUAUGUAAUAAUUGGCCUGUGUCUGAGACAGUUUAUAUUCUAAGAGGAUUUGAAAAACUAUUCAUUGAAAAUCCGAUUCCUAAUCAAACAAGGAGUAAAUUACUUCUCGCACUUGUUAGGUGCAUCAAUACAGAUAUUUACCAAAACAAAGGACACACUUUUGGCGUAGAAUUUCUUCCAGCUUGUCAUCUCUGCUCUGAACAAAAUCUAUGGAUUCGACUUGUCCAGAAAACAGGCCUUGAUCCAGCUACUGUAUUAAAUUAUGAAGAGUAUACCGCGAUCCAGACGUUUAUCAUGGGAUUUGAUGGGUCAGAAAAUAUGCGAGCCAUUUUAAAAACACUCGCAUUUGUUGGACGUGAUGUAAUGGUACACUCCAUGGUGAACGAAUUCCAUAACAUUUUCUUGGAACACGAACAAGACAUAAUGAAGGUUACCCGAGACGAAUACUUUGUCUAUCUGACGCCUGAAAACCAACUUUAUGACACCUCGGUCAUUGAUGCCUCUGAUGAAACUGGAAAGAAUAUGAAGCGAGAAAGCAGGGUGUAUUCAUACAAGGAGCAACUGGAGGAGAUUCAGUUGCGAAAGGAACUUGAAGAAAAGCGACGGCAAACUGGCAAGCCAAUAAUUUACUCUAAUAAGCAAAAGGAAGCCAUCAAAGUUCAAAUGGGAAAGGAAAAAGUAAUUCGCGACAAUGUAGCCAGGUUGCAUCAAAUGGUAGUCAGGGGUAUUGGUCUGCUACAGUGUGCCUGGGAAGGAAACCGUGCAGUUUGUGGAAUGUAUGUGAAGAGCUGUAUUUCAGCCUUAACAAAAUGGAUGCGCUCCCCCUUGUCGGCCCCUGACGCGGUAAAAUUUUUCACUCAGGUUGGACACACGUUGUUUGUUCCUGGAGUGAAAGGCCAAGCAGUUACUCAAAUUUCAUUGAGACUGAUUAAACCUACCUGUGAUUUGGACGUGGAAUGGCAGAAAUCAGAUUUGCAAACUGCCACGAAAAACAUACUAAACUACAUGCUUGGUGAUUUCGGGAAGGAUGAUGAGCUAUCUGGGGUUAAAUUUGCAUAUUCUUUCCCUAUGCUACGUUUGGCUUUUGAACGGUACCCAAAGGACAUUGCUAUUCAGUCUACCGUGCUUCAAAUCAUCCUCACAGUUGCAAAAGACGCCACUCAAACGUUACUUGGAAGAGAAAGCACUAUCCCACGAUUGGACGUUUUUGAAAUGUUGUAUAAAGUAAUAGCUACGAAGGAUGGAACUGUUCAGCAAUUAGCAGUAUCUUCUGUUCUUCAAUUGACCAAGGUAAUUUCCGAUCCAGAAGAUGUGAAAGAGAUGGUCGGUGCUGAAUAUCUACAACAUAUAUCUGCUUUGAUGGAACCUUCUAAACUCUCCCGAGAAACGGCCAUUAGGUGCUUGAAUAUUGUGUGUCCAUUAACGAAAGGCAAACAUACUAUGUGCUACUCGUCUGAAGUAAUCGCAAACGUUUACCGUGAGAGAUUUGAUUCUUCGACGGACAUUGUCACGAUUGCUGAAGACACUUGGGUAAAGUCUCAAUUUCAGGUGGAAGACAAACUGCAUCACUCACUUUAUGAUGCUUGUUUUCAUCCAUGCGACGAAGUUCGCCACUCUGCUUCAAAAGCGUUGUCUUCAUUUUUGAAAACACAUCCAAACAUGAUUGAAAGUACGAUCGGAUCCCUUCUUGUUGCAUAUCAAGACUAUGUCAUUCCAACUCCGGCUCUAAUGGAUAAUCUAGGCCGACUCCUGCAAGAGGAAAUUGAUCGGUGGGAAGCAAGGUGUGGAAUUGGGCUCGCUAUUCGGGAAAUAGCUAAAGAGAUGUCCCCUGAAACUGCUAAGAUGUGCAUGGAGUGGCUCGUCUCAAUAUCGCUGUCAGAUCAUAGUCCAGCAGUUCACAACAUUAUGCUUGAAGCUGCUGUAGAAGUUGUGCAAAUUCAUGGGACGGUUUGUCUCAAUGAAUUCAUCAGUACUAUUGAAACUUUUCUGGAGAAGGCUGGUAGCUCAGGUAGAUAUGACAAUGUUCGACAAGCUUGCGUCGUCCUCAUGGGAUGUCUGGGUCGUCACUUGAGCUCUACUGAUGUUCGAAUAAAGUCCAUCUUUACAACUUUAAUUGACACUCUGUCAACUCCGUCAGAGAAGGUCCAAGAAGCUGUAGCAAAUUGUCUUCCUGCUUUAGUUCCAUCCCUCAGCGCAGAAGCUGAGCCCGUCCUUAAACUAUUACUUGUAAAAGUCAUGGAGGCUGACAACUUUGGUGAAAGACGUGGUGCUGCAUUCGGAAUUGCUGGAAUGAUUAAGGGGUUAGGAAUUUUGUCGUUGAAACAACAUGAUAUCAUGAACAUUUUAGCGAAAGGAAUGCAGGAUAAGAAGAAUUAUAAACACCGAGAAGGAGCCUUAAUGUGCUUGGAAUUGCUGUGUGAGUUCCUCGGUAGAUUAUUUGAACCCUACAUUGUACACGUCCUGCCAUACCUUUUGCAGUGCUUAGGAGACUCUAACGCGUACGUUCGAGAAGCCACUGAAAACACUUCAAAACGAGUCAUGAGUCGAUUAUCCGCUCAUGGUGUGAAACUCGUAUUGCCUUCGCUGACUGGUGCUCUUAACGAGGAUUCCUGGAGGACAAAGUGUGGAUCGGUUGAAUUACUGGGUAGAAUGGCAUACUGUGCACCCAAGCAGUUGUCUGGCUGUCUCCCUAUGAUUGUUCCUCGGCUCAUCGAAGUUCUUGGAGAUUCGCACGUCAAGGUACAAGAGGCGGGUGCCAAAGCACUGGGAUUGAUUGGGUCUGUGAUUCAAAACCCUGAAAUUCAAUCAGUAGUUCCCGUUCUUUUAGAGGCUUUACAAGAUCCUGGAAAACGAUCAUCAUCAUGUUUGCAAUGCCUUUUACAAACAGAGUUUGUUCACUUUGUUGACCCACCUUCGCUGGCUUUAAUUAUGCCUGUCGUGCAAAGAGCGUUCCUUGAUCGAUCUACAGAGAACAGGAAAAUGGCAUGCCAAGUCAUUGGAAAUAUGUACUCUCUAACUGACCACUCAGACUUGGCACCCUACAUGGACAACGUAAUGCCUGGUAUUAGAGCUUCUCUGGUGGACCCCGUACCUGAAGUUCGUGCAGUUGCUGCAAAGGCACUCGGUUCAAUGGCAAAGGGAAUGGGAGACAAAUGCUACGAUGAGUUGUUACCAUGGUUAAUGAAGACGUUGAUAUCAGACGUAAAUUCUGUCGACCGUUCCGGUGCCGCCCAGGGUUUGGCAGAGGUCAUUGGAUCGUUAGGAGAAGACAAAUUGCAUAGAUUUAUGCCAGAAAUCAUUAGGAAGGCAGAUAACGAUGAUAUUGCACCCCAUGUACGGGAUGGUUACAUGAUGAUGUUUAUCUAUAUGCCGGGUGUAUUCGAAACCGCAUUCGUGCCUUAUAUUGGUCAAAUUAUUAACCCCAUUUUAAAGGCUCUGGCUGAUGAGAAUGAAUUUGUCCGAGAAACCGCUCUUAGAGCCGGUCAAAGGAUCGUCACUGGCUUUGCUGAAAGUGCCAUCACCUUGCUGCUUCCGGAGCUGGAGAAGGGAAUAUUUGACGAUAACUGGAGAAUCCGAUUCUCCUCUGUUCAACUCCUUGGAGAUUUGUUGUACAAGAUAUCCGGAGUUUCUGGCAAAAUGAGUACUGAAUCUGCUGGAGAUGACGACAACUUUGGGACAGAACAGUCCCAACAGACUAUCAUCACUGUCCUUGGGGUUGAAAGAAGGAAUCGCGUCUUGGCUGGACUCUACAUGGGGCGCUCAGACGUGGCACUCAUGGUCCGACAAGCGGCCCUUCACGUGUGGAAAGUGGUCGUGGCAAACACUCCAAAGACAUUGCGAGAAAUUUUGCCAACCUUAUUUUCUCUAUUGCUUGGAUGUUUGGCCAGUUCGUCACAUGAUAAGCGUCAAGUUGCAGCAAGAACGCUGGGAGAUUUGGUACGAAAACUUGGGGAGAAAAUUCUACCCGAAAUUAUUCCAAUCUUGGAACGAGGACUGGAAUCCCCUAGGGCUGAUGAGCGUCAAGGUGUCUGUAUUGGACUUGCCGAAAUUAUGUCUGCAACCAGUCGAGAUAUGGUUCUUGCAUUUGUGGAUAACCUGGUUCCUACUCUAAGAAAAGCAUUGUGUGAUAGCUGUCCUCAAGUACGAGAAGCAGCCGCAAAGACGUUUGGAAGCUUGCAUUCAACCGUAGGAAGCCGAGCACUUGAUGAAAUUGUUCCUUUCUUAAUGAAAAAAAUGAAUGACCCAGUUGAAGGAGAAUACGCAUUAGAUGGACUUGGCCAAAUCUUAGUUGUCAAGUCUAAAGUAGUUAUGCCAUAUCUGAUUCCUCAACUUACCAGUCCACCUGUCAACACCAAAGCAUUAGCAAUUUUAGCAUCGGUUUCUGGCGAUUCCUUAUCCCGACAUUGGGGUCGGAUUCUUCCUGCCCUAUUGAGUGUACUCACUGAAAGCGCCGGAACUCCAAGAGAACAAGACGAAUUAGACUAUUGUCAACGUAUUAUCUUGACCGUGACGGAUGAACAAGGGCUCCGAUUCUUCCUUGAUGAUCUUCUAGGUUACUUGAAGCCUGAAAAGGCGGAACUCAAGCGAGCUACGGUCACUUUGUUGUCACUCUUCUGUAUGCACACAAAGGCGGAUAUCGAACCGUACAUGUCACAGUUAAUCAGAGGACUAUUCCAACUUAUGACUGACACGGAUGAAGUAAUUCUAAACCUUGUAGCUGAGGGUUUAGGUGCUAUCAUUAAGAACCUUGACAGUGCAGAAAAAUUAGCUUACGUUGGAGAUAUUCGACAAGCGAUCCGGUUUGUUCAGGGCGAUUUGAAGGGCAAACCUCUUCUUCCAGGGUUGUGCACAUCAAAGGGGAUUAGUCCAGUACUUCCAAUCUUCCGUGAAGCCUUGUUGAAUGCCAGUUCUGAUGUGAAAGAACAAGCUGCCAUCGGAAUGGGAGAACUAAUAGCUUUGAGUAAUGAGACUGCAUUGAAACCAUCCGUGAUACACAUUACGGGACCAUUGAUUCGAAUUCUGGGUGACCGUUACGGCCCCACUGUCAAAGCUGCCGUUUUAGACACAUUGACACUUUUACUAUCAAAGGUGGGCAUUCAUUUGAAAGCCUUCUUCCCCCAACUGCAAAUCACUUUCGUCAAGGCUUCCAACGACCCGAACCCCAGUGUGAAACAGAAAGCCACGAGUGCGCUCGAGCAAUUGAUGCCGCUCAUAAAUAACAAGACGAUGAUCAACAAAGCCAACGUGGGGAAUAUUUCUUCUUAAGACAGUAUAACCUAGUCAAUUUAUUGCUGACUGGGCAUCGUACUUUCGAAAUACGAAAAUUCAAUUUUUAGUUAUGUGUUGGUUGGUUGGUUGACGCUUACUUAUCUUUUAUAUUAAGAGGGAAUGAGGACUUAUAACAUAGUAAGUUGUAUCGGGUAAUCAAUCAGUCUAACAAUUUAUAACAAUAAAAAAAUACGGACA